AUGCGUACGAGACUUCCAAGAUGCUGUGCGAGCAGUACUACCUGACCUCCCCCGAGAUGGAGAUCAAGCAAGUGAACUCCAAAGCUGCCGACCAGCCUCUGCAUAUCGUCUACGUUCCCUCUCAUCUAUAUCACAUGCUCUUCGAACUCUUUAAGAAUGCCAUGCGUGCCACAGUAGAGACCCAUGAAGACAGCAUCACUAUGCCUCCUAUCAAGGUCCGAGUCUCCCUAGGACACGAAGACCUGACUAUUAAGAUGUCUGACAAAGGCGGAGGUGUUCCCCUGAGGAAGAUAGAGCGUCUCUUCAGCUACAUGUACUCUACUGCCCCCAGCCCUGUGCAGGACAACGCUCGAAAUGCUCCUCUCGCAGGGUUCGGCUACGGUCUCCCCAUCUCUCGGCUGUAUGCUAAGUACUUCCAGGGAGACCUGCAGCUCUACUCCAUGGAGGGCUAUGGAACAUCUGCAGUCAUUUACCUAAAGGCCUUAUCCUCAGAGUCUGUCGAGAGGCUCCCGGUCUUCAACAAGUCUGCCUUAAGGCAUUACACGACGACCACAGAGGCUGACGACUGGUGCAUCCCAAGCAAGGAACCCAAGAAGCUGGGGAAGUACGAGUUUAGUGUGUGAUGAUGGACAGAUAACCGUGUUUGAUGAAGGAAGAGGACAAAGUGGAUUCACUCCCUAUAUCCCUAUCACCCUAACACGAGGACUUAAGCAUGCUAAUGGCCUAGCUGCUUGGACUCUGCUGUUUAGUGUCUAAGUAUCUUUUUUUAACUAAUUACCCAUUGAUGAGGGAGGGGGGUGCUAACUAGUGUAUUAUCGAUUGUUAAGACAGAAUGUAAGGUUUGACAGUUGACAAGCGAAUGUCAUAUCAAUCAUUAACUAUCAGGGCAUUUUGGGAUUUUUUUUUCAAAACAAAAAAAGUUCCAUUCAUGGUUUUCACGUGUUUGUAACCAUUUCAAAUUUCUAACUUUUUAUACGAUGACUAACAUUUUUAACACUAUGAUAUACAGUAGUUUGCCAACCAAAUUCAGAAAAUAAGCUUGGUAUUGUCUGACUAGAUAUUUUCACAGUUGCCUCAAUCAUUUCUAUCAUUUCAACUAUGGGGGAUUCACUCUUUGAGAGUGUGUCACUGAAUGUCACUGCGGAAAAGUAUUUUUCAAUGCCUGAGCUUAUAAAGCAAGCAGCAUAAUGAAGUCCUGUGCUUUUGGCAUGUCACUGUGUUCCCUCUUGUGCUCUAAUCACAUUCAGUGUUGCCAGAUUGGGUGGUUUCCUGCCCAAUUGGGCUGCUUAGGAUGGCCGUCUGCGGGUAAAAAAUAUUUUUUUUGCCAUUGGAAAUCAAUAGAAUUGGGCGGGAUUUUGUGCUUGUAGGCGGGUUUCGAGCAUUUUUUUGGGCUGGAAAUCAACAGCCUCGUCUGGCAACCCUGAUCACAUUUCUGAUGCCUCUAAUUUAUAUUUUAUUUCCUCAUCAGUUCAGCUCAGUGUCAGCAUGUUUGGUGAUGUUUUAAUGGUCUUGAAAAGAACCAGAAAGACAAACACUGAAAUUCAAAAUCCCAAGAUAGCUGUUCAUCUAAAUACAUACGCCAUUAACAGCAGUGCAAGGAUCACAUUGUGUGCAAACGGCCCGCAUUAUGCAGAAAUGCCAAAAGUUAGUAUUGUGUUUUUACUAAUAAAUGAAGAAAAGAUGUUGCAUGAAGUCCAAACUAAUAAUGAUACGCAUGUUGUGUAAGCUAACAAGAAGAACAAAUAUGUUUUGUGAGUAGACUAUGGUCUUCACUGAAAUGUUUUUUAAAACUACAUUACACCAGCAAAUACUGUACCACAAGCAGCCAGACUUUGACCAUGCUGGUUUUAGGAUAAUAUUCCAACCACCCCUGAAUACAAAAAAGGGACGGACCUAAUAUAGAUUAAAUAGUGGUUCCACAUUAUUGCUGAAGUACUUUUUUUAUGAACUCAACAAGCAUUCAUAUUGAAGACACUCCGUGUUGUAUUUAUUUAACUUAAUAUUUAAACGCUCUGCGUUAGAGGCCAAUUGCCAUUAUAGUGCUUCUUCUACAUGAGACUAGUCUCCAGCAACAAAGUCAGGGAUCACGGCCAUAAGUUUCAGUGUACGGGCCAAUGUACUAAUAUGUAGAGGUGACUGAAAUGCAUUUGGGAUGGAAACUGUUCCAGAAAUUGAGGCUCUCAAGCCAGAACAAAAUGUGUUUUUUGUGGAAGGAAAACGUGCUAUUGGCCUCCAUCCUGCAAGCUUUGGUUAACAUAAAUGCAAUUUGCCAAGCAGUAGGCUAGUAAUGGCUGAAAUGAACCCGCCCAUGGUGGAGCGAAUGAAUGUCGAUGCUGUGGUUUCAGGCACCUGUAAAAACAAAACAACUGAUGCGUCUGGUAUUAUGUAGCAUCUACCUGAAGAUACUAGACGUCACAUAUCUACGAUCCCUUAUUCCUGGGAUUGAAUAGCUUCCUGAUUAGUUAAGAAGCUUUAGUGUUUGUUAAUUUGCAAUUUUCAAUAUGCUA